CUGCAGUAGGAAUUUGGGUACGCCGGACUACAUAAUACUCCGAACUGAGGCAGACCCACGUUGCACCGCCAUGAUGCAGCCUAGCCCUUGAUAACUUAGCCUGUCAACGCCAGUGCUCGAGCCUCGGCGCUCUGCUCCAGCAGUGUUUUUGGUCACCAGAUCCAGCUUACAGUCCUAGUCACGCCUGUCUGUCACGUGUCAGGCCGACCAACUAACUAGGCGGCCCGACAGGAGACUAUUUCUUGAGUCAGUCAGCAUCCUCAGUACCUGACUUUCUCCCAUAUCAUAUCAUUCCGAUAUUUUAUUCUUCAUAUUGACGAAUGUCAAACCCCAUCCUCUACACAUUUGGUCCUUCCGUCUGGGCUUCCGUGCCAGAGCUUGCCUUGGUUGAGCUGGGAUACGACCAAGAUGAUAUUGAGAAGAAGGUCGUGAACCUCGCGGAGGGUGAGAAUUUUGCUCCUGCCUUCCUGAAGAUCAAUCCCCGAGGGACAUUACCAACCUUUCAAGCCGGAGGAAAGGCAUACACCAGUACUGCCGAGGUGACAUCGUACCUUGUGGCCCACGCUAGUAACCGUGUCACUGUCGCCCCCGGGACUGACUUCAUCAACAAAAUUCAUGAAGAGCAGUACGACCCGAAUUUCCUCAUGGUGUCAGCUCGUCACGAGGACGAACUGCGAAGCAAAGCAUCUGGAUUUUCUAUGACGUUCAUCCAAAACCCUCAAAACGUACUAGAAAAGCACUCAGCAACCUCCCAGAGCGCUGACUACCGGGAGUUUUACGACACAAAGAUCGCUGAGAACGGCAAGGUUCUGUCGAUCUACCAAUCCAAGGCAUCAGAGAACGUCAAGAACAGUUUCUUCGAGUCUUCUAGGGCUCACUGGGACACAUUGAAGGCCUUCAUUCUGAAAGAACUCCCUGACAUACUUCCGGAGGGCGGUUUCCUUGGAGGCGACAAACCCGGUGAAGAUGACUUCCAUCUUGCGGCCUGGCUGGCGCGCAUUGUCUUCGUUGCUGGUGGAGCAGACUCGAGCAAGCAUGGUGUGCGUGCUAUCGAGAAAGAGCUGGGUAAGCCAACUCCGGAAAAAGUUGCGUCAUACUGGGCAGCAUGGAGUAAGCGGAAGAGUUGGCAAGAGGUGUAUGCUAAUGGACUACAUUGA